AUGGCUCAUGAUCUCGAGAAGGUGGAUGGGACUGAAAACAGCCCGUCGACACAAGUUGCUUCAGAGCCCAAUCGCAAGCUAAGGGGCAUCAAGUGGUUUCUAUUCAAUGUGAGCACUUUGACAGCUAUCUUCCUCUACGCCCUCGACAACACAGUCGUUGCCAAUAUACAGCCGGUCAAUUCGAUGCAGUCGACAAACUCCCAUGGCUAUCGGUCGGACGCCAAAAUCCUAUUCAUUCUAUUUGCACUCAACUUCAUGGCCGCUUCUGCCUUAUGCGGCGGUGCACCAAAUAUGCCGGCUGAAAUCAUUGGGCGAGUCUGGGCUGGUGCUGGUGGCAAUGGCAUGUAUUAUGGAUUGCUGAAUCUGGUUUCUACCAAUACGCUGGAUCGAGAAUGUCCCACCUACCUGAGCCUCACUGGGAUGAUCUGGGGCGUCGGAACCGUUCUUGGCCCUGUCAUUGGAGGUGCUUUUGAGCUGUACACCUGGCGUUGGGCUUUCUACAUUAAUCUCCUGUUCGGUGCAGUCGUAAUUCCAGCGUACUUUUACCUCAUCCCAUCUAACAAUCCUGCGCCUGGCAUCUCCUUGAGAGACAAAAUUAUCACCUUCGACUGGUUGGGCGCGAUCCUUAGUACUGGAGGGUUUGUGAAAUUGAUCGUGGCCACUAACUUUGGUGGCGAUAUGUACGCCUGGAAUAGUGGCACAAUCAUUGGCCUCUUUGUUGUCAGCGGUGUUUUGUGGCUGCUGCUAAUACUCCAACAGUCCCUUGAAAUUCUAACUACAGUCGAGAAUCGCAUGUUUCCUGUGCACUUGCUCCGCAACAAGGAAGCUGUUCUAUUAAGUCUCCUGGCCAGCUGUGGUGGCUCCAUCGCAUAUGUCACAGUGUACUAUAUCCCUCUCUACUAUCAGUUUACCCGCGGAGACUCAGCAAUCAGGACCGCCGAACGGAUUUUGCCUCUUAUCUUCCUGCUCAUCUUCGGCAUGCUCUCGAAUGGGUAUGUGAUGUCGAAGUUGGGAUGGUACAAGCCGUGGUAUGUGUGUGGCGCGGCUAUCUCCCUAGUUGGUGCUGUGCUCAUGAGUCGUCUCAAACUUGAAUCUUCGAAUUCAGAGAUCUAUGGGUACCAGGUUCUCAUCGGCCUUGGAGCCAGGUCGUUUGCACAUGCAGGUUUUGCCGUUAUUCAGACAGUUGUGAAUAUAAAAGAUACAGUUAAUGGUGUCACUCUCAUUAUGCUUGGCCAGCUGUGUGGUCUCGCUUUCAGCCUCUCUGUGACUGGCGCACUCUUUAUCAACCUAGCCAGGAACAAUCUACAGCACGUUUUCCCCAAUGUUGACAAGUCAACUUUGGCAUCGAUUGUAUCGGGCACCAGCGGUGGAUUUCUGGAAACGCAAAGUGACUCCAAGAAGUCUCAGGCGCUGGAAGCUAUCGUCAGCGCCCUGCAAGAUGUUUUUACCGAGGUAUAUGUUGUCGCAGCUCUGGCAUGCAUUUUAAGCGUCUUUCUAAAGUGGAGAAAAGUCUACAUGGAAGGUGCUGCGGGGGGGAUGUAG